CACUGUCGCAGCGUUAAAACAGUAACAUUAUCAAGAUUAGAGAAAAAUCACUAACAUGUCUGUGCUACAGUUUAAGGAGAUUUUACAAGCUAAUUUAAACAAGGGUACAAUUGAAUAUGUAACAGGCAUACUAUAGAACAAGCUCAUCUAUCAACUUUUUUAAAUUGUUAUUCAUGGCUGAACCAAACCAUUUUGAGAAGGUUGUUAAAAUGAACAGUUUCUCUCCUGGAUCAACAGAAUUAUUUCCUCCUGUCAAAUUUAAACAUAUUUUAAAGAGUUCAGAAAUGCUUGCAGAAGAAGCAGCAGAGUUUGAAGAUGAGCUCUUACAAUCGGACUUGGAUUUUACAAAAUCUUCUGAACCGAUUUUCUUUAAGAAUCCUCUGCAUUUGCAAUUAGAUCACAUGGAAGCAAAAAAUGUGGAACCUCCACAAUCACCAGCAAAGCCUGGAAGAAAUAUGCGAGCUUAUGAGGGUUCAAAAAAAUUGGACCAUUCUGAGGUGGACAAAAACAAACAAAAACUGCUUGAAGACAUUAAAAAACAACAACAAAAACAGGACUUGAAAGUGAAUACCAUGCAAGCAGCCACUGCCUUAGUAAAUGAUAUGUUACUAAAUGGCUUUCAUAUAACCCCACCUGAUGAAACACCUCGAUUAACAUUGGACAAGGCAUCCCAACGUGCUAUAUCAGAAGAUCAUCUGUUAGGCCCCAUUGAAGAAAAGAAGUUAGUUGUUGCAAUGUAUCAUGAACUAAAACGAAUUCAGAAAACACACACUGAAAUAGCUAAUACUCCAUGAUUUAUUUUAAAUUAAUUUCUUUUAUAUGAUAAAACUAUCAAAAUCACAAUAUUAUAAUUAAAUUGAGUUUUUAUUGACUCUGUUUAAGUUCAAAUCCUGUUGCUUAGGUUAAAUUAUAUAUUUUGAUAUUUUCACUAAGCAUACUGUGGCCAUUAAUCACAUCAUAUAUCAAAAUGUAAUUUGUAUGUGUUGUAUCCCUAAAUUCUGGUUCUUAAUCCCUUUAGCUAUUCCAUGUAAGAUUUUAGGGAUUCAUUAGUUUAAAAAGUUGUUGUUUAUUUCUGAGUAGGAGUUUAUGACAUUUGCCUACAAAUCUUGUUUAGUUAUAAAUGUUUCUACAAAAAGUGAUCAUAAAUGUGCAAUGAUGUUACUAAAAAAAAACCUCCAUGUUAUUAAAAAAAAAAGACUAUCUUACUUUUACUUUUGUACUUAAUUAAAAUACUCUAAUUAAAAUGAUAACGUUAACAAUGUUAUUUGUUUCUACAUCACUGAUGUUUCAAAACUAUCCAUGUAUUCUGGUACAUACUUCAUUUCUCAGUUUUUAGCUGUUGUGGAUCUUUCACCUAAAAGUGCAUCCUCUAUGUGCCUUUUUAAAAUAUUUUACUCCUUUAUAUAUCUAAUGUACCUGAACAAUGUGAUAUUUUAAUUAAACUAUUAUUGAUCCUCCUUAAACAUAGAUUCAUCAAUCAUAUACUAGAAGUAGGUUUCUAAGCUCCAGCUCGAACUUCAUUCAUGAAUGUUAGUUUUUUUACUAUUCACUUCAUUACUACUCAUUAAUUAUCUAAAGCAAAAUGGUUUCAGUCAAUCGAACCUGUAGAGUAGAAAUAUAUUCCAUAUUUAACAAUUGUAUACACUUGAAUCUAAGCACUUUUGAAAACACUGUGUCAAAAUGUAGGGCCUAUAUAAAUGUUCUUUUGAUUUUGCUGGCAAUUACACUGUAGGUUACUUAGCAUUUACAAAAAUAAACUGUUUUACUUUCAAUGCUUUUGUAACACACACACACAAUGAUGAUGGAAUGAAGAUAAUAAAAACGGAUCUGAUUGCUUACUAUUUUUGCAUCAGAUUCAGGGCUGAUUGAAACUGUAAAUUAGUUGCUAGAUUUUACUAACAAGGAAUAUCUGUAUUAUGCAAUGAAAAAACCCAUUGUGUUCUUAAAAUAUGGUUGCAUUAUAUUCUUUCUAAAGCAAGCUGUGAUUAUCAAUCAAUCUAGUUACUGCAUCUCAUUUAGUAUCAAACAUUUUAUUACCUUGAAAUUUGUUAACAUUGUUAUGUUAUAAAAUAAUUUUGUGUUGAAUCUUUGUCAUCUUUGCUGCCAUACAUUGAUUUAUUUAAAUUGCUGUUGUUAAAAACAAACAAUAAUUAUGUUAACCUUUUAGGUUAUUUGAAAGAAUACAUGGAAUGAUUUCUUUUUAUUCGACAUGUUAAUAAAACCAUUGUCAACUACUAUUGAUGACAUAGUUUUAUAAUUUUUCAUUUUAUUUUAGAUUUUAAAUUAUUAGACUAACCGAUAUUAUGGCAACAUAAUUUUUUUUCAAGCACUAAUCAUUAUAUUUUUUUAAUUGUAUAUUUGAUUCAGUUCUGAAUGAUAUAUUUACCAUCCUUCAUUUUUAUU